AUGUCCGUCUUUAAGAGCAUUGCUGUGCUUUCGCUCGCAGUCUCGUCUGCCUACGGCCACGCGUUUAUCAACGGUGUCCAGGGUGCCAACGGCAUCAGUGGCCUCGGCCUCGGUGUCACGUUCAACGGAGAGGUUGCGCGUGGUGGUACCACCGAGCAGCCCUUCCAGCUCGACACCCCGGUGAUGAAGAACCAGAAGGACGACCCCUGCGGCGCGACCCUCCUCGCCGGCUCCGUCGACAUCUCCACCGCCAUCGAGACCGUCUCGACCGCCUUCGGUGGCCUGCCGACCAUCCCCACCAGCGGCAAGCUUACCCUGGGCAUGUUCCAGGUCAACGCUGACGGCGGAGGACCCUUCACCGCUGAGAUCAACACCGACGCUACUGGCAAGUCUUGGACCGCCAUCAACGUCCUCUCGCAGCCCCCUGGUGUCAACGGUAUCAUCCACUCUGCCCCCGCCAACUCGACGAUCACUGUCGAGAUCCCCUCGGGCACGACGUGCACCGGCGCGAACGGCGCGUGUGUCAUCCGCUUCAACAACGGUGGCCCCGACUCCGGUUCGCUCGCGAACGGUGCUGGCCCCUUCGGUGGGUGUGUCGCCGUCGCUCAGACUGGUGCCACCGCUGGAACUGGCGCCGCCGCGACCACCACCGCGAAGACCGCGACGUCCACCAAGAAGGCGGGCAAGGGCAACAAGGCCGCUGCGGCUGCCGCCGGCCAGCGCAACGCCAAGGUGUACGGGCGCCACUUCUACCCCACUGUGAAGGCCCGCGAGGAGGCGAUCGCCGAGCUCGAGCGCCGCCAAAAGCUCACCGCGCAGCUCAUCGACGAGAUCAAGACCGCCACUGGUACCGCCAUUGACAUCCCUAUCGACGCUGUCGCCGGCCACGAUGACGCCGCGCUCCUCGGCGGCAACUCCACCACGCCUACCAACGCCCCGCUCUCUGCGCAGAACGCCGUCGACCUCAAGAAGGCGGUGCAGCUCGCGAUCGAGCAGGCGCUCGGCCUCCUCGCGUCCGACGAGGUCGAUGCGGGCGCGAACGGCCAGGCUGAGGCUGUCACUGACAAGGCCAAUGCCGACGCUGCUGCCGCGAUUGCGGACGGCCAGCUCACGUCCAUCAACGCUGGCAACGCCGGUGUUGGUUUCUUCCAGACCGCAGUUGUUGACUCCCUCCUCGGUGGUCUCGUAACCGCGACCAACGACCUGACUGCAACAGCAGCGGCCACCGCGACCGCCGCAGGUGGCAACAACGCUGCCGCUGCGAGCGCGACCACUGCUGCCGCGACUGGCCGCAAGGGCAAGGGUGGCAAGGGCCGCUUUGCCGCGGCCGCCGCCGCAACGAGCCGCCCGAAGAUGAUGAAGAGGCGUCUCGAGUAG